AUGGACAGCCCUGGCUCAGACCGAGGUGACAGCUGGGGGGACCCAUGGGCCCAGGAGGUCCUCAUGACUGCAGAUAGGCUGGACUGCAAUCCCCCCGUGCACCCUCAGCUUGGGCCUGUCACCUGGUUCCCAUCCUCCGAGGAAGCCCUGUCCACGGGCCUUCCCAGUGCAGAGCUGGCAGACAUCACCAGUAGCCUGCCCUGGGGGGCAUCACCCCCCUCCAAGCCUGACAUCCCCACCCUGGAGGAGCUACAGCCUCUCUUUGAGGAUGACCUGGACGAGGUCCUGCAGAGGCGUGGGUCUAGCUGCUGCCUGGUGCCGGCCACUCCGCUCUCCGAGCAGGAACCCCUUGAGCACUGGAGGCAGCUGGAGCAGUGGUUGGCAGACCUGCAGACCGAGGUGGCCCGUCUCCGGGGCCACAGGGACCGGUGCUCUCGAGCGACGCUGGGUCUGCUGCAGGAGCUGUACCAGGUGCGGGCCCAAGUCCAGGUGCAGGAGGGCGAGCUGAAAGAGCUGCGGCAGGAGCUGCGUCUGGUGACUCGGGGGGCUGAACAUGAGGCCUUUGAGCUCACCAGCACCCAUAGCCAGACCCAGAUGCAGGCCCUGGACAACAGGUUGGUGGAGGUCCGGGAAGCCCUGGGUCAGAUCCGGAGGAAGCAGGCGCUGCAGGACGUGGAACGCAAGAGCUCUGACCAGGAGCUGACCCUCAGGAUGAGCAAGCUGUUGGGGAAGCUGAGACAAGAAAGCCAAGACAGGAAGGAGGCCUGCAGCGCCCUCCAGAAGGGCCAGGAGGAGGCUGGCCACCAGAUGGAGCACGAAAUGGCCAAGAUGCAGGCACAGGUGACCAAGCUGGGCGAGGAGAUGAGCUUGCGCUUCCUAAAGAGGGAGGCUAAGCUGUGUGGCUUCCUGCAGAAGAGCUUCCUGGCGCUGGAGAAGAAGAUGAAGUCCGCGGAGGGCGCCCGGCUGCAGGCGGAGACCGGCCUGUGGGAGGAGCUGGAGAACCGCUGGCAGAAACUGCAGGAGCAGAACGCCGAGCACGUGCUGGCCCAGCGAGGGCAGCGUGAGCAGGAAGAGUCCCACCUUCUAGAACAGUGCCGGGGCUUGGACAGGGUCGUGGCCCAGCUAACCAAGUUCGUCCGACAGAACCAGGUCUCCCUGAACCAGGUCCUGCAAGCUCGGUGGGUCUCCAGGGAUGUCAUAGGGCACUUGGAGAACAACCAGUCCGGAGAGCUGGCCACCUACCUGCAGGAGAACCUCGAGGCCCUGCGGCUGGCCGGAGAGCUGGCUCAACAGGAGACUCAUAGCAUGCUGGGGCUGCUCAGGGAGAAGAACCAGAGCCUGGAGGUGUCCAUGGAGGAGCUGACCAGGCAGGUGAAGGACCUGGGAGCUCACUUGUCAGCCCUGAACUGGAGGCUGGACUUGCAGGAGCAGACACUGAGCCUCCGGCUGUCUGAGGUGAAGAAUGAGUGGGAGGGUCCCGGGAGGAAGCCCUUGGAGGACCUGGCCCGGUGGCAGCAGGAGACAGAGGUGCACCUGAGGGAGGUGCAAGAGAAGGUGGACAGCCUUCCCCAGCAGAUAGAAGGGGUCUCAGACAAGUGCUCCCUACACAAGAGUGAGUCAGACCUGAAGAUCGCCACGGAGGGCAAAGCCAGGGAGGUCCAGGUGGAGGCGGUGCGUCACGAGCUGGCAGCCCUGCUGUCUUCUGUACAGCUGCUCAAGGAGGGCCAGCCGGUCCGGAAGAUUGCUGAGAUCCAGGGCAAGCUAGCCACCUUUCAGAGCCAGAUCAUGAAGCUGGAAAGCAGCAUGCAGGACAACCAGAUCAUCCAGAAGCUCAAGUUUAAUACGGAGACCAAGCUGCGCGUGGAGGAGAUCGCCACGCUGCGCGAGAGCGUGAUGCGGCUGUGGAGCGAGGAGGGCCCGUGGGCGCUCACUUUGGGCAGCCGCCGGGUCCUCAUGUCCCUGGUGCGCCAGCGAUUCUUCGUCAAGGACGCGGCGCCCUGCUCGGAGGGCUCCGUGAACCACUGGGGCGUCUACCAGGCCGCCAGGUGGCUGCGGUGGAAAGCCGUCCUCCUGAGGCUGGUGGCCCGGCGGAGAGCGAGCGCGGCCCCGAAGUCCCGCGGCGCAGAGCCAGGCACGGACCCCCAGUCGCUGCCCCUACCCCUGCAAUAA